AUGAACGAGCAAGAAGAAGACCUUGAACUUGCUCCUAUUGACCCCGAAAUUGAACGCACUUUCAGACAAAGGAGGAAGGAACAAAAGGCUAGAAAACGUUGCAAUAUGGCCGAUGGGUUUGAAAUUGGAGGUGCUCAUAACGAAGCCAAUCCUAUUGCUUUGGCCGAUGAUAGAGCCCGAGCAAUAAGAGAGUAUGCAGCCCCUAUGUUCAAUGAGCUAAAUUCGGGUAUUGUGAGACCCGAAAUCCAAGCACCUCACUUUGAGCUCAAGCCCGUGAUGUUUCAAAUGCUCCAAACGUUACAAGGAGUAAGUGAAGAGGCUUUAAGAUUGAAGUUGUUCCCAUUUUCCUUGAGGGAUCGGGCUAGAGCAUGGCUUAACACUCUUCCUCCCGAUUCGGUGACUAAUUGGAAUGACUUGGCUGAAAAAUUCUUGAGAAAGUACUUUCCUCCAACAAGAAAUGCAAAGUUUCGAAGCGAGAUCAUGUCCUUUCAACAAUUGGAAGAUGAGACUACUAGUGAUGCAUGGGAAAGGUUCAAGGAGUUGUUGAGGAAGUGCCCACAUCAUGGUAUUCCCCAUUGUAUCCAACUUGAGACUUUUUACAAUGGUCUCAAUGCGGCUUCUAGGAUGGUGUUGGACGCUUCGGCUAAUGGAGCCAUUCUUUCCAAGUCUUACAAUGAAGCUUUUGAGAUUUUGGAAAGGAUAGCUAGCAACAACUAUCAAUGGUCAACUAAUAGAGCUCCUACAAGCCGAAAAGUAGCGGGUGUUCUUGAAGUAGAUGCUUUGACCGCUCUAACCGCUCAAAUGGCCUCAAUGACCAACAUUUUGAAGAAUAUGAAUAUGGGAGGAAGUGUACAACCAGCCGCUGCCAUUCAAAGGGCAGAAAUCUCUUGUGUGUAUUGUGGUGAUGGGCAUACUUUUGAAAAUUGCCCCUCAAAUCCAGCUUCGGUUUGCUAUGUGGGUAAUCAAAACUUCAACCGCAACAACAAUUCAUACUCAAACUCCUACAAUCCGGCAUGGAAGCAUCAUCCGAACUUUUCAUGGGGAGGUCAAGGGGCCAGUUCAAGUGGAGCACAACAAGCACAAGGAAAGCAAUCAUUUCCACCGGGUUUUUCUCAACAACCUCACCAACCUCAAGGCUCUCAAACUAGUUCUUUGGAGAGCUUAAUGAGAGAUUAUAUGGCCAAGAAUGACGCUGUAAUUCAAAGCCAAGCAGCAUCUCUUCGGAAUCUUGAAGUUCAAUUGGGGCAAUUGGCCAAGGAUUUGAAGAAUAGACCACAAGGCACUUUGCCUAGUGACACCGAAAACCCAAGAAGAGAUUGCAAAGAACAUUGCAAAGCGAAAAAACCAGCAACUUCAGCUGCUGAAAUUCCCCCAGUAGUUACAGCAUCCAGUCAGCAUUCUACUGCAGAAAAGUCUUUGCAAAAGCCACCUCUACCAUUUCCUCAACGGUUCAAGAAACAACAAGAUGAUGGUCAAUUCCGGAGAUUCCUUGAUGUUUUAAAGCAGCUCCACAUCAAUAUACCAUUAGUGGAAGCUUUAGAGCAAAUGCCAACCUAUGUGAAGUUUUUGAAGGAUAUUUUGACAAAGAAAAGGAGGCUUGGGGAGUUUGAAACGGUCGCUUUGACGGAGGGAUGUAGUGCUAUGUUGAAAAGUAAAAUUCCACCCAAAUUGAAAGAUCCGGACAGCUUUACAAUUCCUAUUUCUAUAGGGGGUCGAGAUGUUGGAAGAGCUCUUUGUGACUUGGGAGCUACAAGGCCAACCACCGUCACUUUGCAAUUAGCGGAUCGUUCCAUGGCUCAUCCGGAAGGAAAAAUUGAAGAUGUGUUGGUACAAGUGGAUAAGUUCAUUUUUCCGGCCGAUUUCAUUAUUCUUGACUAUGAGGAAGAUAGGGAAGUUCCAAUCAUUUUAGGGAGGCCAUUUCUUGCCACGGGAAGAACUUUGAUAGAUGUUGAAAAGGGAGAGCUUACCAUGAGAGCUCAAGAUGAGCAAGCCACAUUCAAGGUCUUUCAUCCUAUGCGUGCUCCGGAUGCAAUAGGAGAAUGCUUAGCAAUUGGAGAUAUGGAUCCUAACAUGGUUGAGGAGUCCAAAUUCAAAAAUAGUAAGAAGGUGAGAAAGAAGAUUCCCCUUAAAGAAAUUGCUAAGGAUCACGAGCCGCAAGAAAGCAAAGACAAAACAUCAUUUGACCCUAAAAAACCACCCAAAAAGAAGAGAAAGAAAAAGAAGUUUAGUAGAAAAUUUUGGUCUCAAAUGUUUGAAGUUGGGCAACAAGUGAUUUUUGCUAACUCUUUAAUGAAGGCUACUCAUGGACGACUAGAUUCAAGGUGUGAUGGAUCUUUCUUGGUGGUGAGAGUGUACCCCGAUGGGGUGGUAGAACUACGUGAUGCACUUUCAAGAAGAAAAUUUUUGGUGAAAGGCCAAGGAGUGAAGUUUGGGAGUGGUGAGGUUGAUCGAGCAAAGACCUCCAUCACAUUGGAAGAGGCUUGA